AAAAAAAAGUCCACGCGCUUAAACGUGUUAAUAUUUUCAGAGACGUUGAGCUUCGAGCCUGGAUGGUCUGAUAUCUUAAUCUGAAAUGUGCAUUCAUGUCGUGGCUUUUGAGUUGCAGCAUUGCAGCUACCGGGCGCUGCUACAGGCGCGGUACGAGUAUGCCGUGCGCUGUUUGCUAGUUUCGAUUUUCCGACUCUAGGGGGCGCUUAGUGAUGAUGAUUCACGAAUGGCAGAAACAUUGUUGCCUCGUCGGUGUGGUGCCGUCGCUUCUGCUGUGGUUUAACCGCAGACUACCAUGUUAUGUAAUUGGUAAAAUGGAAGAAAAAAGUUAAUCGUGAAAAUGAACGCCUUGCCACAGCGUGACUCCGCGUGCAGGCGAGAACUUGUGUCGGCAUUGGUGUAGACUGUAGCCUCGCUGUGCGACCGUGGGACUGCAUUGGUAAACGAAGCAAGAACGAGGAGUGGGGAAGUGUCGGCUGCUGCUGCUGCUGCUGUGAGUGCAGGGAGUCGAGGAGCCAGCACGAGACUAGAAGGUAUGGCUGACGAUCAAUACUGCUGCCAGCGCAUGAGACUGAGGCAGUGAUGCCGGCCUCCAUUUCUGUGCGACGAACCUCAUGUGAAAAUGAAACUGUGACGCCUCCAAGGUAGUUGGGGGCUUGGUGUGGAGUGUGACAGAGGAAUACCUACAGACAGCACGCAAUGUCCCACUCACAUAAAGACGAACUCUACGUGGGGCCGUACCGUCUUGAGAAGACGCUGGGAAAAGGCCAGACAGGGCUUGUAAAACUGGGAGUUCAUUGUGUCUCAGGGAAGAGAGUUGCAAUAAAAAUUGUGAACAGAGAGAAGCUCAGUGAAUCAGUUCUCAUGAAGGUGGAACGUGAAAUUGCCAUCAUGAAGCUCAUUGAACACCCACAUGUUCUUGGAUUGUACGAUGUCUAUGAAAACAAGAAAUACCUAUAUUUAAUCCUGGAGCAUGUAUCUGGUGGAGAGCUGUUUGACUACCUCGUCAAGAAAGGACGCCUUACACCCAAAGAGGCAAGGCGAUUCUUCCGUCAGAUUAUAUCUGCGCUAGACUUUUGCCACAGUCACAAUAUAUGCCAUCGAGAUCUGAAGCCAGAGAACCUUUUACUUGAUGACAAAAACAACAUUCGUGUGGCAGACUUUGGCAUGGCAUCUUUACAAGUUGAAGGAUCUAUGUUGGAAACAAGUUGUGGGUCACCCCAUUAUGCAUGUCCAGAGGUGAUACGGGGGGAAAAGUAUGAUGGAAGGAAGGCUGAUGUUUGGAGUUGUGGUGUCAUUUUGUACGCAUUAUUAGUUGGCGCUCUACCAUUUGAUGAUGACAAUUUGCGGCAGCUUUUAGAAAAAGUAAAGAAAGGUGUAUUUCACAUUCCACAUUUUGUACCACCAGACUGCCAAAAUUUGUUGAGAGGCAUGAUAGAAGUUGAUCCAGAGAAGAGGAUGACAUUAGAGGAGGUUAUGCGCCACCCAUGGGUUAUAGCGGGCACAAAACAUGAAGUAGAAAUUGAAUUACCCAUGAUGCAAAUCGUCCAGACAUCUGUGAUACCUAGCGUGGAAGACUUGGAUCCCGAUGUUCUGUCCACACUCAAUUCCUUACAGUGUUUCAAAGACAAAGAGAAGUUAAUCUCUGAACUUCUCAAUACCAAACACAACACAGAGAAGGUGGUGUAUUUUUUGUUAUUGGACCGCAAACUCAGGAACCCAAGUGUAGAGGAUGAGACAGAGAUAAGACACAGAUCAGAAUCAGGUGACAGAGCUGAUCCACCAAGGAAAAGAGUCGAUUCAGUACAGUUCAAUGGACAAGCAAGGCUUUCUUUGGGUAACAUCAGUGAGGGAUCACCAGUAGCUUCCAGAAGAGCUUUAGCUGUGCAGCAAGUUCGGCGGAAGGCCAGCCUGAGCAACAGUCCAAGCUCCUCACCUGUUUCCAGCCCAAAACUGUCACACCGUGGGGGCAGUAGCAGUGCCCCAUCUCAUAGCCCAUCAGCCACACCACCCAGUUCCCCAGGGCUGAUGACCAGUACACCCUGGAAGUCACGUCUCCAUACGAUCAAGAACAGCUUCCUUGGCUCUCCACGCUUCCAUCGUCGAAAGAUGCAAGGUAUACCUUAUCCCAAUGCUGCCUGCGCUGGGGAGUGCGACUGUGAUCUGGACUCUUUGGCAGGUGACUUCACUGGCUGGCACCCUUACUUUCAAGUCCCUACCACUGACGAGAUCCAUAUGACCCCAGAUUCUUCUCCAGAGAUGGCCAAGCGCUCAUGGUUUGGGGGGCUUAUGGGCAUGGAGCAGGAGCAUCAUUUUGUGAUGGUACGGGAUAAAACAUUCAACCAGGUCAAAGCUGAUCUUGUUCAUGCAUUCCUUUCUACUCCAGAUCUAAGUCACAGUGUUGUGUCCACCUCCACUUUCCGUGCUGAAUAUCGUCGUGGGGGUGGCUCUUCAAUGUUCUCCAGGAAUGUUCGCUUCCAGGUGGACAUUUCAGCUGCUCCUGGGGAGCGUGACCCAGCAUCUACAUUCUGUCUUACAUUCACUUUAGUUUCAGGGCCAUCACGACGGUUUCGGCGUGUGUGUGAACACAUCCAGACCUUGAUGGCAGCUCCUCGUGGGGAGAACAAUCGUAAGAUAAGCACUGAUAGUACAGUGUCCUACUGCUCAGAGCUGGUGCCCGCUUCCUACUGCUCUCCAGCCAAAGAAAAUGGGGAUGCAGAGAGUCAUGAAAGGGAGAAAAAGCCACCAUUGCCACCUAGAAACAGAGAUUCAUCAAAGAGCGGACCUCGCAAAGCUCUCAGUGAAAACACUCAAAGGGAUAAAGUCUAGUGAAUUGUAAAUAUGUAUAUAAAAGUGAAAACAUUCUUGCUACCAUGAACCAUAAACUCCUUUGCAAGAAUGAUUAAAGAACCUGCAUAAUUAAUGCAUGAGAAGAGAAACUGUUAAAAGCUGAUUGGAUGAACAAUUACUCGCAUCAUUUGGUAUGGAAAGAACACAGGAGCAUGAUUAUGAAAGGUUAUUCUUCCAAGUAUACAGGUAAAAGAAACACUUUUUUCAUGGUCUUUAUCGUGUAUGCUGGGUAUUUGGUGGGAUUCUACUUUAUGCAUAUGUACCUGCACCUGUGCAUGUGUAUAGCUGUGCAUAUGUGUGUGUGAGAGAGAGAAAGAUAAAGGAAGGUGAGAUAAAGAGUGAUGAGUUUAUGCAGGUUUUUAAAUGCUGUUUUAGUCUUUAAUGGCAGAAACUUUAUAUUGCACGAGAUACAAGAGAAAUUGUUGGAAUUUCUAUCCUGGCAUGCUACAGUUUGGUGUACAUCUGUUUGAUAUGCAUUUAAAGGAUGCUUUAGACAGUUCAGAGUUGUCUUUAUGGGAUUUGAAGCAUAAAUGUGAAGUAUUUCUUAGAAACCACAUUUCUUUUCGCAUUCACUUAGACAAGAGAGCACUUGAUGUAAAUCUCACUCCUACAAAAAGGAUGUUUCUUCAGUUUUAAGUUUACAUCCAUAAACUUAAUAGCUGACACCUCACCUUAGAUUUUUAAUUUAAUUUUACUUUGACAGUUUUUGUUUUUCUCUGCAGAAAUAUUUCGUGGCCCAGCCUUAUUGAUGCAUGUAAUUGAAAAUGCCAUUAGAAGCAGAUAACCCAUAUAGCCUUUUAUGACUGAAUGGAAGGUGAAUGUUUGUAACAUCUUUGUUCAAAACUAAAUGUGCACAUAACAUCCACUUGAAAAUAGGGUUUUGUUAUCAAAUAUUUAGCUGUCAGAAUAAUCCCAUCUAGCAUCCCUCUAGUGUUAUUUAUUCAACUGUCAGACUCUUCCUGGAAACCUUUUUUUAUGCCUGUUAGUAUUUUAUUAACAAUAUUGUCAGUAGACUGCAUGCAAGUUGCUGAAGUAUGGUUAUUAUUAACAGAUCAUCUUUUUGACUGUAGUAAAGGUACAGCCAGUUACUAGAGUAGUUCCAGAGGAAUGGUAGUGGCAGAGUUUGGUAAAAUAGCUUCACCACUCAAAUUUCUGUUUUAUUCUUAUCAAAUCAGUUGUUUCUAACACAGGUAGGCUUUUCAAAAUAUUUUUCUUACAGAAGUUUACAAAUUUAAAGAAUGGCAAAGAUUUAAAAAGUGCUUAGUUUCCUUUUACUUAGCAUUGUGGGGAAAAUGUUUAAUGUAUGUGAUGUUGAAUAAUCAUUUAGUGGAUUUAAUAUUUAUGCACCUAAAAGUAUAGCUGUGUGUUUGUGUGUGUGUGAGAUCCUAUCCUUCAAUUUUAUGUCUUAUUUUUUUACCUUAUGGAACGACCUUUAGAUCAAGAGUGAAAUUUAAAAUGUAUUAGUAUUUUGUUUUGUAUCUUACUUAAAAUAGCAUGCACCAUGCAUGAUAACAUGUAAAAUAUUCUUUGAACUCAUUUUCGCUCCUGAGUAAAAGCAGUGGUGUAUUUAUGAUACCAAUCUCCAUAAAGAGUAUGCAAAUUUUCCAUUUGAUUGUCUUGUCUCUAAACUGUUUGUAAAGUUAGUACUGCUUACUUCACAGUAGGAUGCUUAAUUUUUGGUGGGGUUGUGAUUGUACUGAACAGCAGGCUUGUUGAAAGACAUUGGCUUUUUUGAAUGCCAGGCUUGAGUGAAUGGUAGUGUUUUAACUGUUACUCUAAAAUGGACAGAGCAUCUGUUCAGAAGUUAAAUUUUAUUCCUUUUCUUACAAAAAGGUGUCAAAGAGUGCACAUGAGUUUUCCAUUAAAGUAAUGAUGUGAGCAUUAUAUUCAGUCAGAAAGGGGACUGCGAUUUCUUACAUUACAAAAGCCCUUUGUCUUUUAAUAUCAGGUGGUAUGUACAGUUGACAGUAAUGAUUUCCAUUAUAAAAAAACGGCUCUCACAUCAUGACAGAACCAUUUUGCUGAUAGAUGUUGUUUUACAGUUACUGUUUAGCUUUCCCUGCGUAAGAUAUGUCUAAAUAGGGCUUUUACCCCGACUCCCAUCUGGCACAAUGAGAGGAUAAGUAGACCAUCUUACCAUGUCAUUGCAGGAGAAGUAAGUGAUCUCAAAAUAGAACAUUUUGUUAUGGACUUUAUACUUUAAGAGGAACAUAAAAGUCUGGAUUGUAUUUGAAAUUCUGGUAGUCCCCUACUUUUUCACAAAUCCUAAUUUAUUUAAAUAACGGUUACAUUUUAUUUAUUUUUUACUUGAAAAGGGAAAGCGCUUAAGGUUUAAGUGGGCAAAGGUGUGUCCCACUUGUUAAGUGAGUUUGUUCGUGUAUUGACAAAUCAUCAUCCUAACACAAAAACUUCUUGUAAACUGGAUACACUUGUUCUACUUCCUUCUGUACCUUGAAACACAUCCCGUUCUGUGAUCUUAACUGAGGAGAAACAUUUAACAUAUACACCUUUUUGUCCAAUAUUCAGAGUGUAACACCCCUCCAAUGUACGGCAAGUUGUAAGUAGAGCAAGCUAGCUUGUUCACGCAGAAUUAUCUGCCCUCCUACCAAAAACAAUUGUACAAAGGUGUGCUGUGUCUUAAUGCUUGAAGCAGUCAUUGAUAUAAUAGGAUUUAGUGCCAAGCAGCAGUUCCAUUGUUCAUUCUUCCUCUUCCCAUUACAGUGAGACACUAGAUGCACUCAUAGGAUUUCAAAGUACACUUGAUCAGAGAAGAAGUUUGUAGUUGUAUGUAAUUAUAAUACAGUUGUAUCGUUAACUGAACUGCAGCAUACUUUUGUGGGCAGCAAGGUGUAAAACCUAGAACAAACUGCAGCUGUACAGUUUGAUGAUACCCCAAAACGGAGUGGCAUUUUGAUUUUUCAAGUAGUAUCAUAAAUUAACUGCCUUUAUACAAAUUCAUUUUGUGAAACUGUGAUUCAGAAUGUCUAUUAUGGGUUAUACUGAUUGUAAUUUGGUUAAGUCCAGGUUAUAUAAAAAGCAGACACAAAAUAACAUUUUAUCUUUUAAGAUUUUUGAAAAAAAAAUACUUUUUAGCCUUUUAUUUCAUGGUUUUUUUCAUAUGAAAAUUGUGGGUAUUUUUUUAUUCUCCAUGUUCAUUUGACAAAAGUCGUUAGAAAAAAAAAGCAGCUGUAAUGAAUACACUGUUUUGGUAUCUUCAGCACACUUGUACUAUCAUUCCUAAUUUAGAGUGCACACAGUGUCAAGAGUUACAUUAAGGACACAAAAAAGCAUGUAUAAACAAAACUAAAGAAAAGAAAAUUCCUCAACCAAGGGAUAAGACCACAUUUAUGCAUUUAGAACCCGUUUUGAAGUGCAACUAGGUCUGCUAUCCAUCAGUAAAAGCUGUUGCAUAAGUUAUUCUUUUAUGUUUAAAAUUAGGGAAGCUUGAAUUUGGGUGGGGAGAAGAGUGUAUUUAACAGUUUUUCCACCUGCAUGGCACCAAAUUCUGCGUGUUAUUAUAUGUUAUGCUUGAUAUUAUUUUGCAGCUUGUAAUUGGUGUUCUGUAGACCUUCCAUUAGUGUGCUACUUAUAGACUGUUUCUGUGGGUGUGUGCAGUGUUGCAGAAGUUAUUUAUUUAUGCAGUGCUUUUUUUUUUUUUUUUUUUGUAAAUUGCCAUAUUCCAGAAGAGCAUGUUUCAGGGACAGUAAGCAGCAUCUUUCCACAUUACAUUUAUUGCUCUUAUGGGACCAGAAGACAGAUCAUCAGAGGAAUAAUGAAAUCAUUUGUGUUUGUUUCUCAUCUUUUGUGUUACAUGGUACAGAAUUUGAGCAUGUUAAAAACAAUGGCACUGAAUGGGUGACCAUCAUCCACAAUUUUGAUAUUACAUACAAGGUGUACUGUCUAGAAGGCAACACUAAGCUCACUAAACAGUGUGCAGCUGCUUUUAAACCUUAUCUCUGGAACCAGCAUGUGAUUGUGACAACCAGCAGCUGGAAUCACUUAGUUUUAGGCCCAUGAUGAAACAACAAAAAUGAAAAUAGAAAAGAACCAAAACCUUUUCUUGUCAUUUGUCAUUAGGAUUGUUUGUAUUCCUGAGUUUGCAACUGCAUUGCCCAGUCAGACAUGGAAGUAGAAGUGAGUUGACCUAGUGCUAGUUGUGAAUAAACUUUGUGACAUGGAAACUUUGGAAAAGACAUGUUGUCAUGCACUGUCAUCCUAUGCUCAGUUCAAGGGUUACUUUAGUGAAAGUUCAUCAGAAAGUAAUCGAAUGUUACUUCCAAACAUUUUCUGAGAACAUGUACCAUUUAAUUAAAAAAAAAAAAAUUCUUGAACAAUCUAGCUGAGCUUUAAAGAUACCCCAUAGCUAUCUACUUAUGGUUGGAUAUGGAGAGGCAACAGCAUUCUUAGGAUCUGGGUCCUACAGAACAAAAAAGUUUUACUCAUUUUUGAGGUCAGAUGAUAUCACAGAGACUUUGUUUUGACUGCUAGUCCAUAGCUUCACACACACACAAUGGGUGUUGCCUGCUGUUUGCUGUGAAAAUGGGGCAAUAGCUAUGUAAUACAAAAGAAAGACAUGCCAAAUUCAUGAGUACAAAUUGUUUGAUUGCAAAUUGUUUAAGGAGUAGACUGUUUUUACACUCAAAAGCUUUAUUUCUCACUCCUUAUUGAUUCUAAUGUUGGACAUGUAACUAAUGAUAAACAUGAGGGGGCUUAAUGCCAUGCAUUAGUGAAAUAUCAGAGGUAUUAACAGAAUGGUUAUGAUCACAGGCAAGCUUAUUGGUAGAAUAAAUGUACUAUUGAAACUAGUGUUGCAAGUAUACAUGUCUGUGCCAGAAUCAUGUAACUAUAUUUAACAUGGGCAUUUGGCUGGACAGAUUUUACCCUGGAUUGUCUGUUUUGCACUGCUCAGUAUGAAUAAUGUAUGAAGACAAAAUCUGUUUGCAUCUGUAGGAAUGUUCUGAAUUGGAAAGAAAAGGUAAUUUGUCUUUUUUCAUGUCCUAAAAUGUAACAUGUCAGCAUACAGUCAUCUUAUUUGGAAAAUUAGUUGCAAUUAAAAGUGAUUGACCUGAA